GUUGGUGAUGGACAGGGAGGCCUGGUGUGCUGUGAUUCAUGGGGUCACAAAGAGUCGGACUGAGGACUGAACUGAACUGAACUGACCUCAGACCUAUUGAUCAGAAACUCUGAUGUCUUUUUAAAAAAGCCUUUCAUGUGGCUUGGUUCAUGGUAAAACUUGGGAACCAUGGAUCUAUAGCAUUGCAGACCAGUGAACUCUGCUGUAUUUGACUGUGACGUACUACUUGUAUUUACUUUUAACAGUCCAAACUCAGAUUACUUGUCUUUCUUGGGUUUAGAUGCAAGUUUUUUGCUAACAUGUCUUCUCCAAUAUGCCCCAGAAAGUCAGUGAUCACUUGCUAUAUUUUAAUAAAAUUUGUAGUUCUCCAGAUUACAGCUUGGGUGGAAAACUAUAUGUGGAUAGCUAAAUCCACAGUUAUGAUAUAAUCAUUCCUACACUAUAUAGCAAAACCGUUUGGAUUAGCAAAAUUUAAUAAUAGUUUACUGUUUGCUAAGCACAGGCACUGUUUUAGCCACAUGAGUUCAUGACACCGCAAGAACUGGACAUGACUAAGUGACUGAACAACACCACCACUAUUAAUAUUAUCCUUAUUUUGCAGAUGAGGAAAUCUGGCUCAAGGAGGUAAGCCCUCUGUCAAGGUCACAUAACUUGGCAGUGGUGGCACUCGAUGGGAACCCAGGCAGUCUUUCUUCAAAACCUAUGCUGUGCUGCCCUCUUACUGUAUGUAUGGUAUGGAAGCACCAUAAUGAUAAGAGCUGUUCUUUAUUGAUCUAUUCCUGUGACUGGUACUGUGCUAAGCUGCAGUAACCCCUUACCACAUUUAACUCUCACAGUUAACCUAUAAACUGAGUAUAUUUAAAUACCAUCCCACUCUUCUUUAUAGAUGAGGAAAUUGAGCUCUAGAGGUUGGAAUAAGCUCUAGAAUGCUUAUAAGAAGUAAAGCCAGGACUUGAAGCUCUUUUUUAAAACAAUUAUUGGACUUCUAUUAACUUAAAAGAAAUAAUAUAACAUGGUAGCUAAGGGUGCAAGUGUUGGCAUCAGAAAACUUGUGUUCAUGUGCUAACUUUGUUACUUUGGCUAUGUCCUUUGGUCAAGUUAAUUUCUCCCGUAGAGGUAUUACCUUUCUUAUAGGGUUGUGAGGAUUACGUGAGAUAAAUGGAUGUAAAUAUGCUAAGAACAGGACCUGAUUCACAAGCAUUCCAUAAUGACUGCCAGUUUGGGGAUGUUAAAAUAAAUGCGCUAGUUCCUCUGUAUUUCUCAAUUUUUAAAGACAUUCUAUAGUACAUUUAUGUUUUUCUCAAUAUUUGGAUCCAGUGUUUUAAAUUUAAAGAUGUUUUAAGGCGGAAAUAAAACAUGUUGAGCAUAUUACUUGAAAACAACUAACAUGCUGUUUAAAAAUAAGUUUGUUAUUUAGUCGCUAAGUUGUGCCCGACUCUUUGCGACCCCAUGAACUGUAGCCUGCCAGGCUUCUCUGUCCGUGGGAUUUCCCAGGCAAGAAUACUAGAGUCGGUUGUCAUUUCCUUCUCCAGGUGGUCUUCUUGACCCAGGGAUCGAACCUAGGUCUCCUGCCUUAGCAGGCAGAUUCUUUACCACUAGCACCAUUGGGAAGCCCAAUAUUACCAAUAAAUGCAUAAUACACAGUUUUUGGAAAAUCAUUGUGUAACAUGAAAGAAACCAAUAGAAUAUUACAUAGCUAUUUUUCUUAUUAACUUGAGAAUUUAUAUACAAUAAAAUACAUCCGUACAUAUGUUUAAAGACAACAAUUCAUUGGCUUUGGCAGUUGUGUAUGCACACAGCACUAUCAGCACCAUUAAGACCGUUUCCUUCAUCUCCAGAAGAGCCUUGUCUCUCUGCAGUGCAUCUCUCCCUUUGUUCCAGCUUUAGGCAACCACUGAUCUGCUUUUGAUCAUCAUAGAUCUGUUUGCAUUUUAUAUAAAUGAAAUCACACACACUGUAACAUUUCGUACCUGGUUUCUUUCACUCAUCCUAAUUGAGAUUCAUCCAUGUUGUGUGUAUCCGUUUCUUCCUUUUUACUUCUGAGUAGUAUUCCUUUGUAUAUAUAUUUAUCCAUUCACCUGUCAAUAGCCAUUUUGGUGGUUUCCAAUUUUUUUGCUAUUGUGAAUAUGGCUGCUAUGAACAUUGACAUAUAAGGCUUUGUAUGAACAAAUUUUUUAUUCUCUUGGGAAAAUACCUUAGACAUGGAAUGGCUUGGUAAAUAUUUAACUUAAACUACCAAUUGGUGUGUCCAAAGUGGUUGUGUUACCUUUCAUUUCAAAAGCAGUAUAUAAAAGUUCCAUUUGCUCCACAUCCUUCCACAUUUGGUACUGGCGAUUUUUAUAAACUUUUACCCAUCCCAGUAUGAAAUGUGUGCAUUGUGGUGUGCAACUCUCUAGAGCCUACUCUUAUGCAUCUUUCCAUGUGUUUAUUGACUGUUCAUAUAUCUGAUGUGAAGUAUUCGAAGUCCUUUGCCAUUUAAAAUUUUAGGUUUUUUUCUUAUUGAAUUAGGAGGUUUUUUAAAAAUUCUGGAUGCGAAGUUCUUUGUCACAUAUUGCAAAAUUGUAGCCAUUUAAAAACAAUGUUUUGUAACCAGCAACUUAGUUAGGUGCUUAAAAAUAAUAAUGAUCUCUGGUUGUGCCACGGAGCAGUUGGGAGAACAAACUGCUAAACUGAGAAAUCUGUCAAGCCAAGUCUAUAUUUUGUGCACUUAGAGUCCUGCGACCAAAGAGCCCACAACAUAAAAUAUACUCCUAAAGACCAACAGAAAUAACAUAGUAUAAAAUAAAUAAAUAAAACAAAAAUAUCUCCAUGACAUAUACCUUUGCUGAUGAUAGUCUGUGAUCAGGGAAACUUUGAGCCAUUUUGUAUUAUUGGGCAUAUCUUUCAAAGUGUUCAAGUUACCAAUAAAGCAUUCUUGGAUAAUAAUCAUGAGCUAGACAUACAUAUUAAUCUGGGAUGAUAAACUGGUUGGAUGCUGGACUUUCUGUUUGGCUUUGAUCCUGAAUCCUGGGCCACAAAAUGGGCGGGGCCGGAGGGCGAAUGAGAUUGAGCUGACCCAGAAAGUCACCUCGGGCAGCGCAUGCGCCGGCAGUCCCCUCCCGUUUGGAAGGUGUAUUGGCGUUGCUAUGGUAACCGCUGUAAACGGAGAACUGGGACUGAUGCUGUGACUGCGAAAGCCGAGCGCCCGCGGAGUACCUUCGAGAAAAUGAAGGAACCAGAUGAUCAGGAUACUGAUGGGGGGAAAUCAGAUAGAUCAAAGAGUGACAGAAGGCAGUCUCAUUCCUCUAGAUCUGCAUCAAGAACUUCUAUGAAAGAGGAUCACAAGUCUAUUGACGAUACCACAGGUGAAGCAUUUACUGAAGGGGAAGAAUCAUAUAUAGAGGAUGAUGAAUCUUAUGUGGAACAUUUGGAAGGAAGUUCAAGUUCAUUUCAAGAUGAUUAUACAGAAAGCUUUGGAGAAUCUCGGUAUAUGGAAACUCCUGCCCCAGAUGCAGAGGAGGCAGAGGAGGAAGUUAAGAAGAAAAUAUCAGAAAGCUUCUUCUACGAUUAUAUGGAGCUUGUCUCAAUGCCUUUUGUGACUCCAGAUUCAAACAUACCACUGGAUCUUCUUACACUUGUACAUUCCUUUGGUUAUGACUGCAGAAAGCGGGCCAACUUACAACUUCUGGAAAGCAAUACCGUGAUGUACAUAGCUGGGAACCAGCUGAUUUUUCUGAAUUUGAAAACCAAAGAACAGACCUACUUGCGAAGUAGCAGUGGAAUAGGAAUUGGUGUCAUUGGGGUUCACCCUGAUAAAACUUAUUUCACAGUAGCAGAAAAAGGAGUUUUCCCAAAGAUAAUCAUUUAUGAAUAUCCUUCAAUGAGGCCCUAUAGAAUCCUUCAAGAUGGAACUGAUCUGGCCUAUGCAUACGUGGACUUUAACUUCGAUGGUACCCUGCUGGCUUCUGUUGGUGGCAGCCCUGAUCACACCCUGACCAUCUGGAACUGGAAAGAAGAGAAGCCUCUACUGAGGACAAAAGCUUUCUCCCAGGAAGUUUUUAAGGUUACUUUCAAUCCUGAAGAUGACGAGCAGCUCACUACCUCAGGAUCAGGUCACAUCAAGUUCUGGGCAAUGGCUCUAACAUUCACUGGCCUCAAACUUCAGGGUUCACUGGGUCGAUUUGGCAAAACAGCCACAACUGAUAUAGAAGGUUACAUGGAGCUCCCAGAUGGGAAGGUGCUCUCAGGGUCAGAAUGGGGCAACAUGCUGCUUUGGGAAGGAGGCCACAUCAAAGUGGAGUUGAGUCGAGCUGCAGGCAAGCCUUGUCACCAGGGUCCCAUUAACCAGAUAAUGCUGGACGAGGGUGAAGUCAUCACCAUUGGGUCAGAUGGGUGUGUUAGGAUAUGGGAUUUUGAGACUAUAGACACUGCUAAUGUUAUAGAUGAGACUGGAUUACUAGAGAUAGAGCCCAUUAAUGAACUUCAAGUAGAUAAGAACGUCAAACUCUUCUCUAUGAUAAAAAUGAAUGAAGUUGGAAAUAACUUUUGGUUGGCUCAGGAUUCCAAUGGAGCCAUAUGGAAGCUUGACCUUAGCUUUUCAAACAUUACCCAAGAUCCAGAAUGCCUGUUCUCCUUCCAUUCUGGAGCCAUUGAAGCUUUGGCCGUCUCUCCUGUCACUUAUCUCAUGGCCACUACCGGCUUGGACUGCUCUAUUAGAUUCUAUGACUUUGCUGGCAAAACUCCUUUGCUUCAGAUGAAAUUCAAGCAAGGAGGUACUGCCCUUGCUUGGGUACCACGGCUGAUAAGCUAUGGUGGAGCACAGAUCACUGCAGGAUUUGAAGAUGGCGUUGUUCGAAUUCUUGAACUUUAUGAUCCAAAAGGGCUCACGGUUUUUGUGGGACGGAAGAAAGUUUCAGAUGCAGAUAUUCGUUUGAAACAGGUUUUCAAACCUCAUACUGCUGCUGUCACUGCUUUAGCUUAUGAUCGUGAUGGAGAAGUUCUAGCCACAGGGAGUAAAGAUAAAACUGUCUUCUUUUUCGAAGUGGAAAGGGACUAUAAGCCUAUUGGUUAUAUUACUACUCCUGGACCUAUUUGCCAGUUAACAUGGUCUUCAAGCUCUCAUCCUGAAAGUACUUUACUGAUUAUUUGUGAGGAUGGCUAUGUUCUUGAAGCUCCAUUUCCAGCUAUAAAGGAGGAAGAAGAGGACCAUGAUGUAGUUUCCUAUGAAAUCAAAGACAUGUGUUUAAAAUAUUUCCACUUCACAAGUGUCAAAUCUAAGAUUCUGAGAUUAAUAGAAAUUGAAAGGAGAAAGAAACAAAAGGAGCUGAAGGAGAAGGAAAAGCAAGAAAGAAGGAAAAGGCUAGAAACAGAGAUGGGUGAAGAUGUGGAAAAGGAACUCCAGGGAGAAGAGGAGGAGGAGGAGGAGGAGGAGGAGGAAGAGCCCUUACCUGAAAUCUUUGUUCCUUCAACGGCCUGUCACAUCCUCUGUGGAUUUUACUCUGAGCCAGGAAAGUUCUGGAUUUCUUUGGGUGGCUAUGAUUCUGGUUUUCUAUAUCACUGUGAAUUCCCUCCAGAUGACAAAAGCAGUGAUAACACAGUAAGGAAAGAUGAACCUUUUGAUUUCCGUCUUCUUGAGGAUACAGAGGAUAAUCCCAUCACAACUAUCACUUUCAGUAUUAACCAAGAAAUGAUGUUUUGUGGAAUGCAAAAUGGAGCGAUUCGAGUAUAUAUCCUAAGUAAGAAUGAUCCUUCAUUGACCAGCAUGGAGGACUAUUGGCACUUCAAUAUGCAUGACAAUAAUUAUGGACGUGUUAAUGCCAUCUCUACUAGCUUUGAUGACCGCUUCUUUGUGACUGCUGGAGCAGAUAGUAAUAUCUUUGUUUUCAACAUUUUUUCUGAGUUUGAGUUAAAGAAAGUUGUGAAAGCCAAAGUGCCAUCUCCCAGGUUUGGAAUAGAAACAGAGCCAAUUCCAGAAGAUAUUGAAGAUCCUAAAGCCUACAGUAUUGAGAAUGCCAGAAGAAAAAGAGAACAUGACAAGUUAAUGAAAGAAGUAGAAGAAAUCAAGGCUGGAAAGAGAGAACAGAUCAAAGCUUUAAGGAAUCAAUUGCAGAAACUACUACAGAUGAAUGAAGAAUUACCCAAACAUAUGCAGUUUAAACGGACAGAUUUUGAUCUAGAUUCCAAAAUUCGUGCUGAGAUUGGAAAGAAAACAGCUAACAAAAUUCAACGAGUGGAAAAGGAAUUGGCUUGGGAAAAGGAGAAACACCAGCUUGGCCUAAAGAAGCUACAGAAUAGAUUUCGUGAUUCAUUGGAAAGUGAUACUAUUGUAGUUCAUGCCAUUCAGAGUGAUCACAAGAUAUCCUCCUAUAGACUCAUGAAGCCCUCUAAAUACUCCAAAACCAAACGGGCAAGUCAAUCGGAGAGAAGACCAAGCAAAUUUGAGAGGUUUGAAAAAGAAGGAACUGGAAGAAAGGAUAGUCAGAGAGAUACAGGUGGAAGUAUUAGUGUGCCAGAAGAAUCAGUCAUAGAGAAAGGGAAGAAAUUUCGGCCUAAAACCCUAAGUGAGAUUAUGGUGGAAAAUCAAAUUGAGAAAACAAGGAAACUUAUAUUAAAAGCUGAAAGGGCCCAAAUGAAGAUUCAGCAACGAAAAAAAGAAUGGGAGGAACUGUACAAGAGUAAACCUGAUGAUGACUAUGAAGAUCCCAAAGAUGUUCAGGCAAUCAAAGAGGCCCAGUUAUUUAUGGGAGACUUUAAUUUGAAGACAGCCUCAGACUACAAGAUACCUGAACACAUGAGAAUAAAUGCUGCCAAGAAGGAGGAGGAACUGGGAUACCUAGACUCUAUGGCCUACUCAAAGAAAAUGCACAUGAACAAGAGCAUCAUCUCUCUUCGAGACCUUAAGGUGGCUGUCAUCGAGGAAAUACAGUGUCUGGUGCAAGAACUGAAGACCAUUCAGUUGACUCUUCCCAUAUCCAAGCACCUGCCCAUUCCCCAGGUCCCUCAGAUAUACCCGGAAGAAGUUCCAGAAAAGAGAUUUCAGUAUGAUGAUGAAACCCUCCUAGCUUUUAAGCAACAGCAAGUGAAAAGUCAGGAUGAAAAGGCCCGCCAGGUGGAACAGACAGCAUUUGCAGGCUCAGCUGGAGGCUUCCUCAGACUGUCUUCUGGAAAGGAGGGAGAUUUAACAACACGUGAUUCAUUGUCUAGAGCAUCAAAAGCAUCAACAUUCAGUCUGGACCUUCCAAAGUUCACAGAAUUUGAAACAGCAGAUCCAACUGAUGUGGAGCUGGAGAUUAUGAAGAGGGAGGAGAUCAAACACGUGUACAUGCAACAGUAUUUGAUCAACCGGAUCAAAGAACUGAUUGUCACUUUUGAUGCAGAACUCCGUCUCCUGAGACAUCAGAAACUGAAGUUAGAUAUUCAGAUGAAAUUAUCUGACCUGCACCAUGUCACAUUAUUUCAAGAAAUGCUUCUCCUGAAGAACUUUGAAAAACAGGAGAACAUACUUCAAGAGCGUGUUAAUUCAUUAGACAAAGAGGAACAGGACAUGCAAUGGAAAAUAAAUGAAACUCUUAAAGAGAUGGAAGAGAAAAAGAAUGAAGUAGCCAAGCUACAGGACCAAGAAAAAGCCCUCUAUGCUGGUUUCCAAACAGCGCUUGGAGAAAACAAUAAAUUUGCUAAUUUCCUUAUGAAGGUACUAAAGAAGAGGAUUAAGCGGGUGAAGAAAAAAGAGGUCGAAGGAGAUGUCGAUGAAGAGGAGGAAAGUGAAGAAUCAAGUGAAGAAGAAUCCAGCUUGGAGAGUGAUGAGGAGGGGUCUGGAUCUGAAGAUGAGGUUUUUGAUGAUUCUAUCUGCCCAACAAAUUGUGAUAUGGGUCUCUUUGAACUGGCCCUUCAACUUCGGGAGAAAAGGCUGGACAUUGAAGAGGCUUUAGUUGAAGAAAAAAAAAUGAUCGAUAACCUCAAAAAGGAACAUGAUACAUUGUCCAAAAAAGUAAAAAUUGUGGCAACUAAUCUGAAUGCGGCAGAGGAGGCCCUGGAGGCUUAUCAACGUGAGAAGCAGCAGCGGCUGAAUGAACUGCUGGUUGUGAUCCCCUUGAAGCUCCACCAGAUAGAGUAUGUGCUAUUUGGAGAACUACCGAGUGAUCUUUCUGGAAGUUUAGUCUUUUCCAACCGCUCCUUGGGACGACUGCAAGAACGAAUUGUCCAGCUCCAUGAGGAAAAUUCCAAGCAGAAAAGACUUAACAAAGAAUGCCGGGAGAGGCGUAAGCAGCUCAUCCGGGAAAAGAGAGAGAUGGCCAAAACGAUACAGAAAAUGGAAGAAACAGUCAGUCAACUAAUGAUUAGCAAGUUUGGCCGCGUGAUCAAUCUAGAAGCCCUUCAGACACUUUCUGUGAAUACAACGCUUGAAGAACUAAAGAUCAAAAAGCUUCGAAAGGAGCUAUCGAACGUAAAGGAAAUGAAAAUGUGGGAGGAAAAGAUUGCUCAAGUUCGAUGGGAAUUGAUGAUGAAGACAAAAGAGCACACCAAAAAACUUCAUCAGAUGAAUGAUUUGUGUAUUGAAAAGAAGCAGCUUGAUUCGAGACUGAAUACUCUACAGAACCAGCAGGGCAAUGCCUUCCAGGGCCCUCGGAAAGCAGAUACUGAGGCAAGAGAAAGGGUCACUGAACUGAUCCAAGUCCAAGCCGAAAGGAUUCAGGCCUUAAAGGAAGAGAUUGCUCUUUUGCGUAAGAAAGGUGGUCUCCUCCUGCCCCCGAUUCAUCGCCCACAAGAGAAUGAAUGAAGUCCCCGGGGCUUUAACUUUGCUUUCUCCUCAUGUCCAUCCAUGAUUUGACACACAAUUCAACAGAAGUUCUGUUUCCUCAUUGUCUGCAAAAGUCUAAAACCAGAGCCAGUCAUGUAGUUUUAAUGAUUUCCCCCCAAUUGGUUAUCUCAGAACUGACUGUAAUGCUCAACAGCUACUUAUAUUGAACUGAAUCAUUUUAGAUAUGCCUGGAACCAAAUGGAUCGAAUAUAAAGUCUCAGGAGGCAGAGUCUCAAACCAUCAGAAAGAAUCAGUAAUAUAUCCUGUUUUGUAAAAUUUGGUUUUUGGUUAUCUGAAUGUUUAGCCAUUGGCAAGAAAAUCUAUCAUUCAGCAAACCAUGAGAAAACCUCCUUUUCUUGAUGGUUAAAUCCUUGGAAAAUAAACUUCGUUAUCAAGUAUUCUCUGAGAGGACACACGAGAAAAAAACCAUUUUGCCAACAAACAAUAUCUGGGAAAAAGAAAUGCAACUUAGAAUUCUGACAUUGUUAACUUCAUAAGUCAGUUAUUUGAGGGCUCAGGAUUCAGGAAUAUAAAGAACAGAGCAGUUGGCCUUUGGCUGGCAUAAAGCAAGAAAUAAUCAGCUUCCUGAAUCACCCAGAGUUUUAGCAAACUCUUCAGCUCUGGGUGGAGCAGAGAAGUGUAUUUUGCAGAAUGGUUAAGAAGGAGGCUCUUCUCUGAAGGUGUCUGCAACUCUACCAGCAUUUCCUAUAGUUUCUCACAUCCUGUGCCAUUUUCCUUCUGGUUCUACUUGCGUCAUUUGCUGGCUUUAAUACAGAUAAGGAAGUAAUGAAAUAGAUUCCGUCACUGAGAGAUCUCUAAUAAUAACUUUUGAUUGUAUGUAACAUUUUGAGAGUAUCCAUUUGGUUUGGGGGUAAGUGGUCAUUGGAAUUCAUCUAAGGAUGAUUUCACCAACACUUGGAUUCCUGUUAGUAACAGGUCUAGUAACAGGUCCACUUUAAUGACAGCCUCUCUGGAGGCUGUCCCAGAAUAUGAAUUGGUUAUUGAAAAGGAAAGGUAAAGAAGGCAAUACUGCACCAAUGUAGAAAGUGACUCAGCAAAGUCAAGUCUUCCUAACCUGUGGCUAGCCUGCUGAUCUGCCUGCCAAAAUUAUAAACAAGACUUGGGUUCUUUGUUGGAAUACAUAUAUGUUAGAGGUGGCCACCUGGCCUGCAGUGUCUGAGAUCCUUUCAUCUUCCUAUUUAAGAAGUCCAGAUAGCUUACCAUUUGUGCCUGUCAGCACAGAGCUCUGAUGCAGUAGCCUCUCUACUGGAUAGCACCCUUUACCACCUUCUCUGUUCUUCGCCCUUAACUAUGUGUGCCCUUCAAGUAUUUAAGAAAAGUAUGCUAGUCUUAGCUCUGAGUGUUUUAACUUUUAUGUAGGAAUAAAUAAGUAAAACAUCUCACCCAAUUUCUAAGGGUCAGGAAUCUGGGAGCCACUUAGCUGGGCAUUUCCAACCUGCAUCUCCCACGAAGUUGCAGUCAAACUGUGCAUUGGGGGAUGUGUCCAUCUGAAGCUUGGAUGGAACUGGAAGGGAUACCACCAGACCUACUCACUCAACUGGCUGGCCGGCCACCACCCUGAGCAGCUGCCUGGAUACAGUGAGUGGUCCUGGAGGGGACACUGUCCCUUGUGGUGAGAGCUAGGGUUAAGUUCCACUAUUUUCCUGGGCCUCAUUAUCAGAGAUUUAGAUAAGCUCUGAGGAUUCCUGUCAUUCUAAAAUCCUAAUUCAGAAUGAAUGAAUUCAGUCUAUAGAAGAGCCAUGUCAAGGAUUCAUGUGUCUAUCAAUUUAGGAGUAAAACCAGUCAAGAUUACUACUUUUUGUCCAAUUGAACCAAACAAAAAUCACCAAAGUUUACUAAGCUUUCAUACAGUAUGUUUGGAAUUUGACAAUACAGUUAAUUCAUUCUUACUUUGAAUUAGUCAAGAAAUAGAGGUAGCUUUAGUUUAAUUUCAUUGAUCCCAGGCUUAGUCUUGCAUCUAUAACUAAGUAUGAGCAUCUGAGUCUUUGGGAGGUUUACUAUCAAACAGGAGAGCACCAGGGUGCAGCCUUGACUAGGGAUAGAUGGAAAGCUGUCCUAGUUUCCUAAGCAAACUGUUUUCCGCCUCUUGCUGUGCCCUUAGAGAAGGCAGCCACCUUUGAGAGAGGCCAUAAAUCAGUCUAAGUUAUUUGUGGGUCAGUUGUUAUCAUUAAAUAUCAACACUGAAAGAAAAUGUAGAGUCCAGCCCUUCUGUCUGAACUUCAUAGGAAAAUGAGUUACUCAUUUUGCCAAGACAGUCUAUUCUGUUGGGUAGCUUAGGUCUCCUAGCCAAGAGCUGAACUCUGCACCCUCACUAGCUCCCACACACCUAAGUCUUACUCUUCUUUUGGAUUGUUGACUGAAUCAGACUUUUAAAAGACACUACAGUAAUUAACCUGAAUCUAAAGAAAUGCAAAAUGCAAUGAAACUGAAUAUAUAAGUUGUUUUUUCUAGGUUAAAAUGUAAAGGCCUGAUACCCUAAUCUUUUCCUGCAAUUGGCUAAAUAUGCACAUUUAUCUUGUUUAACCUGCCUUAGAAGUGCCUUUUCUUUCCCAGGACUUUUCUGGGGGCGGGGGCGGGGGGGGGGGGGUAAAAGCAUUCAGUGUUAUUUAAAACUACUUUCUGCACAGCACUGGAACAUACCACUUCCAUCCAUAGCAUUCACCAAAACUUACUUUGACAACCAUUGAGAUCAGUAAGCAUAAAAAACCAAGACAAAAUGAAGAUUUAAAAAAGCCAGUGGGCUAGGUGAGUUACAGCCCAGAUCUGAGAGGUGAGGCCUGUCCCCCUCCUCCUCUAGGCCUUCCAUGCCAGAUUUUAUCUGAAGUCACAAUCCUGCCUGAAGUCUGAAUCUUCCCUGCUUCUUCAAUCUUGUCUGAAGUCUUCUCUUCCCUGCUCUUUUUCUCCUUUCCUAUAAUUUCUAUAUUCCUUAUAGUCCUUCAUUUCAUUUCUUAAAAUAUUUUAAAAAUACUGCUUUUCUAAAAACCAUGUUCCAAUUUAGCUGCUGGAUAGAGAAAGGCUGCAAGAACCUCUUCUUGUCAGCAGAGGGUGCGCUUGUCCAGAACCAUCAAAGUCACUCCUGGGGCUUUCCUAGGAUUUUGUUUAUCCAAUUCAUGACUAGAGUGUGAAGCUAGGGUCUACCAUUGAUGACUCUUAACAGGAUUAAGUGUCUCAACUGGCAUUUCAUCUGUAACUCAAUUCUGCUGAAAUCUAGAAGAUACAUUUCCCUCCUGAAAACAGUUAAAAGUGUGUUAGGGCUCUCAGCAAAAAGCUUUGGCCUCCAUUUUACCACUUGUACAUAGAAAGGUUGAUCCUGCGGUUGG